AAACGUCUCCGACUCAGAGUCUUCCACUAGCGAGUGUGAAAUUUAGGGUUAGGGUUUACUUUGUCUGUUCAAGGUUUUUGAGAUCGUGAUCGAGCAAGAAGGAAGAGGAUGAGUUCAGCGGCGACAACCAAGGGAGGGCGAGGGAAGCCCAAAGCUUCUAAAUCGGUGUCAAGGUCACAUAAAGCCGGUUUGCAGUUCCCCGUCGGUAGGAUCGCUAGGUUUCUCAAGGCUGGAAAAUACGCUGAACGAGUUGGUGCGGGCGCUCCAGUUUAUCUCUCCGCUGUUCUUGAAUAUCUUGCAGCCGAGGUUUUGGAAUUGGCUGGGAAUGCUGCGCGGGAUAACAAGAAGAAUCGUAUUGUUCCGAGGCACAUUCAACUUGCGGUGAGGAAUGACGAGGAAUUGAGUAAGCUUUUGGGGGCUGUCACCAUCGCUAAUGGAGGUGUUUUGCCUAACAUUCACCAAACUCUUUUACCUAAGAAGGUGGGGAAAGGAAAGGGUGAGAUUGGAUCUGCGUCACAGGAGUUCUAA